CCUCUGCUGACGCCUUCUCCUGCGCGCUCAACAAGGGCCCCUCCACACCACACACAUGGCCUGCUACGACCUCUGCCGCCCCUGCGGACCCACCCCGCUGGCCAACAGCUGCAACGAGCCCUGUGUCAGGCAGUGCCAGGACUCCCGCGUCGUCAUCCAGCCUCCCGCCGUGCUGGUCACCCUGCCAGGACCCAUCCUCAGCUCCUUCCCCCAGAGCACCGCCGUCGGAUCCUCCUCAUCCGCUGCCGUGGGCAACGUCCUGGGUGCCCAGGGAGUGCCCGUCUCCUCUGGGGGCUUCGGCUACGGCUUUGGAGGCCUGGGCUGCUACGGCAGAGGAAGGGGCUGCAACAUCUGCUAAGGGCCCCAGACAGCACGCGUGAAACCACUCACGUACAUUCUAGAAGCAAAGACAUGGACUGAGGAUGCAUGCCUGGGGUAAUGCUGGCACACCACUUCCCUUUCCUCUGCUGCUUCUCUUAUGGCACUAAGCAACCAGGGAAGGCGGCCCCAGGCUGCCUCGUAACAUCGCCCAUAUAUAUCUUCCUCUUCACCAAAUUCAUUUACUGCACCACUCCAUCUGCUCUGUGCAGUACUGUGUGACGUACCAGCAUCUUACAGGAUAAACAGCACUGGGGGACAUCCAGUGCCUUCCUUCACAGUGAGGCCAG